GGAUGACUCACUGUUUCUCUCUCUCUCUCUCUCCCUCCAAUCACCGUAUUGAAUAAUUAAUAUGCACUUGGGUAGUGUCGGUAGAGAGCAAGCAUCCUAUGAUGUUUUCUUCUCCUCAAAGUUUUGCAAUAUAUAUAAUAGUUUUUCUUUCACUUUCACUUUCACUUCCACCUCCAUUUCCACUUUCAAACGUUGAAUUUUUGGUUCAAUCAUGGUUACAACUCAUGUCUCUUUCUCUCUCCCUCACUUGGUUUAUGAUACCAACAAGAGUUGUUGAUCCUUGAACUGAUCAUAAGCAAGACUUUGGUGCCAAAUUUACCAAGCAACUGAAAUCAUGGAUCAUAAGUCAUGGCUUUGGAGGAGGAGAUCUUCAGAGAAGACAAUUGUCGCAGCUGAAAAAGUUGCCAAACCUCUAAGAAAAACUGAAGUAGAGACACGUACACUUCCAACAGAGAAUGAAGUAGGGCCUGAGAGAUCUGCCAAAAAUCUCAAUGAGAAGUUAGCUUCAGUCCUUCUUGAUCAUCCUGCUAAAGAUGAAGUAAAAAGGGCCCAAGAAGCUGAUACAGGCUGUGAGAAAGUAAAAGCAGAAUGUCUAAAACAAGAACUAGAUGAGGCUUUGAGGCAGGGAGCAGCUGCAAAUGAACAACUAACUCGUUCAGAGGCUGCAUUGAAGGAAUCUGUUCAGAAAUUAAAAUCUGUUCAAGAAGAACAGGAUCAAAGAAUACAUGAUGCCAUUACGAAAACAUCAAUAGAAUAUGAGAAGGCUCAGAAGAAAUUGGAGGAGCAGUUGGAGGAGACUAGUAAACAGCUCACGAACUUAGCUUUUGAGAAUGGUCAACUGAGCAAGGCCCUUCUGGCCAAAGAGAAAAUUAUUGAAGACCUACAAAAACACAAGUCUCAGGCAGAUGCAGAAUUUAAUGUGCUGAUGGCUAGAGUGGAUUCUGUAGAAAAGGAAAAUGCUUAUUUGAAGUAUGAGUUUCACGUUCUUGAGAAGGAGCUUGAGAUUCGGAAUGAGGAGAUGGAAUACAACCGUCGAUCUGCUGAUGCAGCACACAAGCAACAUUUGGAAUGCGUGAAGAAAUCCGCAAAGUUAGAAGCAGAAUGCCAAAGACUCCGUCUCCUCAUGCGAAAACGGCUGCCAGGUCCUGCUGCUUUGGCAAAUAUGAAGAGUGAAGUUGACAUGCUGGGAAGGGAUCACGCGAAUAUGAGAAGAAGAAACCAGAACCCUACUAGAGAUCUGGUUGUCAGAAAUGCCACAGAAACCUCUUCUGAAAUCCCUAAUAAGAAUAUGAGUUUCAUGAUUGAGAAAUUACGUAAUAUGGAAGAAGAAAACAAGGCUCUAAAAGAAAUUGUGGCCAAGAAGAACACUGAACUCCAUUCCUCAAGGUUCAUGUAUGUUCGAACAGCUUCCAGAUUAUCACAGGCUGAGGCUCAGCUUAUCGAACUUUCUAAAGGUGAAAAAUCUAUGGAGCUGACAAGGUGUACUCCUAAAUCAAAUGAACAUUCUCUGUUGUCAGGUUCAGAUAUUGGAAGUGAUGAUGGAAUUAGUUCUUCGGGAUCUUGGGCUAAUGCUCUAAUUUCAGAGCUGGAACAUUUCCGAACUGCAAAACUCAAAAGUACACCAGAACACCAAGCCGUUGAAGUUUCAGAUAUGAAUUUAAUGGAUGAUUUUGCUGAGAUGGAGAAAUUGGCAAUAGUUUCCAUGAAUGCCCCUAGAAAAGAAAGUCACCCCAAUUUUACUGGUACUGAUCUAAUUCCAGUUUCAGGUCAUUCUGACUUCAGCAAUAAGAUGCAAUCAAAAAAUGUAGCAACAGAACAAACUUUUGACUGGCUUCAGAUUGUUUUGAAUGCAAUGCUAGAGCAAAAGCGUAUUUCAAAGAGAAGUCUAAAUGAACUUUUUGAGGACAUCAAAAUUGCUUUGGGUUAUAUAAAUCGUCCAACUUCAAGUGCAGCUGAUUCAGCUGCAAUCUCAAAUCCUGGAGAAUCCGACCCUAUCCAAAUUAGUGGUCAUAUAACUUGGAAAUCUCCGAACACAUCCCCACUUGCAGAUUCGUUGACCAGAGCUUUAGCUAUUGACACCUCAGUGGAAGAAAAAGGCAAUCAAAAUAACUUAUCUAAUUUGAGUGAGUCAGUUGGUGAAAUUAUCAAACUGAUUGAAGGAAUCAACCCAACACCUUUUGUCAGUAAUAAUACUCCAGACCAUGGGUCUAAGAGGGAUCAGGAUUCCAAACCAUUCCAUUCACCAACAUCAUCAGACUACUUUGUCCGUGUUUUCCAAUGGAAAUGUUCAGAGCUAAGUGGUGUUCUACGACAAUUUGUUUGUACUUGUACUGAUCUAUUAAACGGAAAAGCUGAUCUUGGAAAAUUUGCCACGGAACUGUUGUUUGCUUUAGAAUGGAUUAUUAAUAACCAUGUGACUCCUAAAGGUACUUCAAGUGCAAGAAAUAAGAUCAAGAAGCAUUUUGGUUGGAUGGAUUCCCGAACUGAAAAUGAACCUGGAGUUCAUACAUCCGAAGAGCAGUCAUCAUGUUUGCCAUUGGUAGCUUCUUCCCCUGAGCAGGAUGUUUUGCUCCAAAUGGAGGAGGUUCAGUGUAAACUGCAAGAAGAAAACAGCAGACUAAAAGAUGAAUUGAAGAAUAUGGAAGCCUCAAAGAAAGAUAUGGAAGCUCUGUUACAGUCUGCAACAGAUAAGAGUGAGGCCUUAACAAUACAACUUCAAGAAGCAAAACAAAGCAUUGGAAACUUACAAGCAGAACUGCAAACUUUAAAAGAAUCAAGAGGGAUGAUUGAAGAUCAGAUUGAAAACCAAAAAUCGAUAAACGAAGAACUUGAUACUCAGCUCUCUGUUGCCAAAGCUAAAUUGAAUGAAGUCCACCAGAAGUUCUCGUCUUUGGAAGUCGAAUUGGAUGAUAAAAAUAACUGCUGUGAAGAAUUAGAGACCACAUGUCUUGAGCUUCAACUCCAGCUAGAAAGCGUUGCAAAGGAAACUCCACAGCACAGUAUGAAUCAAGAGGGAAAGCAAUCACAGAAUGGAUGGGAGAUGACAACAGCUUCCAUAAAGUUGGCGGAGUGCCAAGAAACCAUACUGCACCUGGGUAAACAGCUGAAGGCUCUAGCUUCACCUAGGGAAGCAGUAUUGUUUGACAAGGUUUUCUGUAAUACCAGCACAGCGGCUCCUACCACUGAUAAUAAGAAUAUGAACAAGCGUUCUUCCUUGCGUGAUCGAAUGCUAGCUGAGGAUGGUACUAAGGCAGAGAUUCUGAAGUCUUCUAAGAUUAAAGAAACUAUAAGCACUGCAGACACACAGAAAGAACUCCUUAACUCCAAUAGUAAUAAUGCUUUGUGCGCUCCUAAUGGCCUGGUACAUACUCCAGAAGCAAAUCUUAGUUCAAAGCACAAAGGAGUUAACAAUGCAGUUGGUGCUCUAGCUGUUAUCCCAAGUAAGAAACAGGGAGGAUUUGGUUUGCUAAGGAAACUUUUGCUGAGAAGGAAGAAAGGAUGCAGCAAGAAAUCCCGAGCCCUCGCUAAGGCAUGAGUACAGAAAGGUGAAGAGCCCAAGCUGAAAAAUCUGCCUUGGCAACAACACAUGCCCAGUAAAGGAAUCAAAUCUGCAGUGUUCACAGUUUUUGUUGAUUACUAAUUGUAUUUGAAUUUUUCACCUUGAUGAAUGGAGAAAGUGAAAGUUUUUUUUUUUUUUUUAACAGUUAGAGAAAGAGAGAAUUUCUACUGUUUUAAGUGUUGAUGAUGUACAUAUCUCUGGGUUUGGGUACAUUGGAGAGACUAUAAAUACAUAUCAGCACAUUGGAGUUGAGAAUAA